CUUAAGGAAUAAUACAUUUUUCCUACAGUAGUGAAUGCGGACAUAUUCCACUAGAAUGCAAUUGGAUGGCAUCAAGUCUAUUUAAUGCAACACUUCGUUAAACAGAAUAUUUUCCCCAAACCCAAAGCACCUAAAAGUUUAAUUCAAAAGACUUUGGAAAUGGGAGGAGGAGAGAGGAGAAUUAAGAAUGAAACAUACCUUAGUGGGAAGUGAACUUUUAAAAAUGAUUUUUAAAGAAUCAAGGGCCCAACUUCUUGAGUACUUCAGUCAACGGAUCACAAGUUUUUGUUAGUUUUAUUGGAGGAGAAACAAAGUAAAAACUAACAGUUCUGAGGAUAAGCAAAAAAUACUGGGAAUACCUGUCUCCUCACACUGAGGCGCGUUUUAUGAAUAACUUCAGCCGGCUAACAUACCUUCCUGCAAAACAUAGCCAAGAUGUAAAUUGAAAAGUGGCAGAGGUGUGGCAUGUUUCAAAAGUUUAAACUCUGCUUAUGAGAGACCGCAGUCCCAGCUGGGAGCUCCGGAAGGGAGUCAUCAGUCCUUCAGUCAGAUGCCCCUGCAGGAAGGUUGCCGCUGAGGUAGGAACUGACCCUGCAGCUGGAGAGGACGCCCGGGAGUGAAGGGCCGGGUUCUGGGACCCAGCAAGGUUCGUGGCGGAGAGAUGCUGAUCGCGCCGAACUGACCGGUGCGGCCCGGGUGUGAGUGGCGAGUCUCCCUGAGUCCUCCCCAGCGGCGUGGCGGGCGCCGGCUCGGUGCGUGAGCCCUUCAGUUCCCCGACUUUGAGAGGCGUCUCUCCCCCGCCCGACAGUCCAGAUGCGGUUUCGCCUUUUCUCCUUUGCUCUCAUCAUUCUGAACUGUAUGGAUUACAGCCACUGCCAAGGCAACCGAUGGAGACGCAGUAAGCGAGGUGGGUCCCUGUCUGCCAAAGCUAGUUAUGCAUCAAAUCCCAUUUGCAAGGGCUGUUUGUCUUGUUCAAAGGACAAUGGGUGCAGCCGAUGUCAACAGAAGUUGUUCUUCUUCCUUCGAAGAGAAGGGAUGCGCCAGUAUGGAGAGUGCCUGCAUUCCUGCCCAUCUGGGUACUAUGGACACCGAGCCCCAGAUAUGAACAGAUGUGCAAGAUGCAGAAUAGAAAACUGUGAUUCUUGCUUUAGCAAAGACUUUUGUACCAAGUGCAAAGUAGGCUUUUAUUUGCAUAGAGGCCGUUGCUUUGAUGAAUGUCCAGAUGGGUUUGCACCAUUAGAAGAAACCAUGGAAUGUGUGGAAGGAUGUGAAGUUGGUCAUUGGAGUGAAUGGGGAACUUGUAGCCGAAAUAAUCGCACAUGUGGAUUUAAAUGGGGUCUGGAAACCAGAACACGGCAAAUUAUUAAAAAGCCAGCAAAAGACACAAUACCAUGUCCAACCAUUGCUGAAUCCAGGAGAUGCAAGAUGGCAAUGAGGCAUUGUCCGGGAGGGAAGAGAACACCAAAGGUGAAGGAGAAGAGGAACAAGAAGAAGAAAAAGAAGUUGAUAGAAAGAGCCCAGGAGCAACACAGCGUCUUCCUAGCUACAGACAGAGCUAACCAAUAAAACAAGAGACAUACCUAUUAGAUUUUUGGGGGUUUUUGUUUUUGCAAACGUGCACAAAGCUACUCUCCACUCCUGCACUCUGGUGUGCAGCCUUUGUGCUGCUCUGCCCAGUAUCUGUUCCCAGUAACAUGGUGAAAGGAAGCACCACCAGCGUGGCCCCUGUGUUAUUUAUGCUUUGAUUUGAAUCUGGAGACUGUGAAGGCAGGAGGAAGUGCACAGCCCAUGACUUGGCUCAGUGCGUGCUGAGAAUCCGUCCCCGGCGCCAUGGACAGGCAAGAGGUGUGAGGCUACAGGCCACCGCUGGAGGACGGACUUGUGCCUAUUUAUGAUGUGAAAGAAGAUGCUUGGCAGGCAAUGCGCUAUUCACUUGUGACCUUUAUUUCUCACGUUGUGCAUUUUCAAGGAUACGUUUAUGUGGAUAUCUGCUUAGUGUUACCAUGUGGUAUUCUCAGCCUCUGUUAACUUCACACUGUUGUGCAAUGAAACUGCUUUUAGCUGAGGAUACGCUCUGGAAGUUCCUGCUUAGUUUCACAGCAGCCCUAACAUGUAUAUAUUCUGCGGGGGCUACAUAACAAGCUCUUACUUACUGUAUAUUUAUGCUUUCUUGUGUGUAACAAGUCAUACCUGAUUAAUAUGAUGUCACUUUGUUUCUAGUGGUUCCUAACCCAUUGUCUGGUAAAUUACUUUUCUAGUUUGGGGAAUUGACAAAUGUUUUGUUGCCUCUUGAAACUUUUUUUUCCCCCUCAUUGUGGGCGUAUUUCUUAUUGUAAGGGUAGGAUAAACUAGUUUUUGUAUAUAGAUCAAAUGACCACAGUCAAAGAGUUUGUAUAUUGGAUAGACCUUCCCCACGCCACAUGCCCCACAUGUAGAUGAAGCAGCAGGUGGCAUCUGGCAAUCAGAAGCCCAAACUCCCUUUGAGUCUAAGAUGUGAUGACUUUGAUGAAACACAACUGAAAACAUGAGGGACUCCAUGUAGUCACUUGUCGUUCUCAUUAUGGAGUUUUACAGGCCAGCUACAGAAUUUUCCAAACAUUAUUUCUGACUGAGUUUAAUUUUUUUUCAAAUUUAAAGCGAUCCCUGACUUUCAACGACAGGGCACCCACCAAUGUUCUUGGGUCACCGAAGAACUUACUACCAUGAGCCUGUGCACAGAAUUUUAGGGGAGAAAAGGAUGAAUUUCUAUGACUGCUGGUCAGAUUGUAACAGGUCUCUAUUGAGCCAGAAUGUUUCAGAGCCGUGAUGAAGAGGAGCACUAUGGAGACUUUCUAGGUGACUUUCAGAGCAGCUGUUUCAAACACAUCAUUGUCCACUUGGGGGAACUGGUUUUUAGAAGGCUGGGAAUUGGCUUUUUUGAAAAGCAUCAUUAUCUUCCUGGCUGAUCCAGGAGAAAAUUAGAGAAAAAUAAUGGUUGUGGAUUUCUGAGGAAACAAAGGAAGGUAAAAGCUUUUUUUUUUUUUUUUAACUUUGCAUUGGCAAAACUACCUCUUCAGCAUUUUUGUUUAACUUUGGAUUCAAAAGCAUCUUACCAAUAAGGAUAAAUGUCAUAUACAUCAUUAAUAAAAUAUUGCUAUAAGCCAUAUAUGAAUGUUGCAUACAACUUUAGAGUUUGCAUUUAAUCCUGAAGUGAUCACCUCCUUUCCUGUCUAUUUACACUAUUUUCCCAUUUACUAAGUGGGGAGGGGGCUCCUUAUAUAGUGCUUCAUUGUUAGUAAGUCAAUAACUGUUGUUUCUGGGAUGUUCUUUUUGUGCAUUAAAAACUUCAAAAUUA